AUGAAUAUUUCCAAGAUGGCUCUAGACAGCAACUUCACCAACAGCUCUUUUGACUGUACAAUUGAUGGCUUCAAGCAAGUCAUUUAUCCCAUCAUGUAUCUCUCUAUCUUCUUCCUGGGUGCUAUUGGAAAUGGCCUCUCAAUUUUUGUUUUCCUCCAGCCUUCACAGAGGAAGACUUCAGUAAACAUUUACAUGCAGAACUUGGCUGUUUCAGACCUCAUGUUUGUAAGCACUCUGCCUUUUCGGGCCACAUAUUUCCUGUUGGGAUCACAUUGGAUAUUUGGUGAUGUUGCCUGCAGGAUCAUGACUUACAGCUUGUACGUGAACAUGUACUGCAGCAUUUAUUUUCUCACUGUGCUCAGCGUGGUUCGUUUCACGGCCAUUGUCUACCCAUUUAAACCGUGGAAAGUAACCAACAUGAAAUAUGCCAGGAUAACAUGCGCAGCCAUAUGGGUCUUCGUACUGGCAGCCUCCAGCCCUCUGUUGAGCAAGGAAAUUGCUGGGUACAGCAACCCAGCCAAGUGCUUGGACCUCCACCCCUCCAGCAUGCACAGACUCCGCAUGAUGAACAGCUUUGUCCUCGUCGUGGGCUUCAUUCUGCCAUUUUGCACAAUUAUUGUCUGCUAUGUCUUUUCAAUCAAAGCUUUGCUCAAGUCCAGGUCUCCGCAGUGCAAGAAGGCAGUCUGUCACAAGAAGGCACUGUCAACCAUCAUCAUCACUCUCAUCCUCUUCCUCCUCUGUUUCCUGCCAUAUCACACACUGCGAACUGUCCACCUGAUGCACAGCAGCUGCAGCCCAGCCAACCUGCCCAUGCACAAAGCACUGGUGGUCACUCUCUGUCUUGCUGCCAUGAACAGCUGCCUCGAUCCCAUCCUCUAUUACUUCGCUGCUGAAAAUUUCAAAGCAAGAAUUAGAAGUUUGUACCGCAGGUAG